AUGGUCCAAGAAGAGACUCCUUUGGAAGAAAAUUCUGAAGACACCGAUUUGAAAUUUCGAUAUGAUUUGCUUUCUGCUGACCAUGAACAUUUAAAAAAAUUACUAACUCAAUAUUUUUCUCUCUUAUCUCAGGAACAACUUGAACCUCCUCGUGAUGAACCUACAGGCGAUGAAUCCUCUUAG